UUCCAGUUCAGCUCGUUCUGCUGCUUUGUCUCUAUUUGCAUUGACAAAUACCGCAAGUCAGAUGAUACCUCUCUUUAGUGUGUGAGUGUUGGAUGUUUUUCUCACUCCGACGGAAAGUGUUCCACUGUAGGUUAUAAACCUUCAAUAACUCAUGAAGGUUUACAAAAUGUUGCUGACCAGUUUCGUUCUGCCGGCUGUGGUGCUCGCGGUGUUUUCAGGGGAACAUGCAGAGGCCGUGAAAUACACCGCGGACUGGGUGAGUCUUGAUGCCAGGCCGCUGCCGAAAUGGUACGACGAAGCCAAAAUCGGGAUUUUCAUUCACUGGGGUGUAUUCUCAGUACCUGGAUUUGGUCAAUACAGCGAGUGGUUCUGGUGCAAUUGGCAAUCAACGAAACGGGCGGCAGAAAUCGAGUUCAUGAGGACAAAUUAUCCUCCUGGUUUUACUUACGAGGAUUUUGCGCCCGACUUUCACGGAAAAUUUUUCGACCCUGAUUCUUGGACUGAUAUUAUUCAAGCUUCAGGUGCAAAGUACGUGGUGUUUACAACCAAGCAUCACGAGGGCUUCACCAACUGGGGAUCUAAGUACUCGUGGAACUGGAACUCCGUGGACACCGGGCCCCACCGGGAUGUGGUGGGGGAGCUCGCGGCAGCCAUCAGGAAGACGUCAGUGCACCUGGGACUGUACCAUUCCCUCUUUGAAUGGUUCCACCCACUCUAUCUAGCUGACAAGGCCUCGGGGUUCAAGAGCCAGAACUUUGUGUUCGGAAAAGUUCUUCCUGAACUUAUGCACCUGGUGAAGACGUACCAGCCAGAGCUGAUCUGGUCUGAUGGGGACUGGGAGGCCCCUGAUUCCUACUGGAACUCCACACACUUCCUGGCCUGGCUCUACAACGACAGCCCUGUAAAGGAUGUGGUGGUGACCAAUGACAGGUGGGGGAAGGGCUGCUACUGUAAACAUGGAGGGUACUUCAACUGUGCUGAUAGGUACAGCCCAGGACAGCUGCCCAAUCACAAGUGGGAAAAAUGUCAGUCAAUCGACCUUCAUUCUUGGGGUUACCGUAGAAACAUGAGGCUGGAUGAGCUGAUGGACCUGCCUACCAUCAUAAAGGACCUGGUGACCACGGUUGCCAUGGGAGGUAACUACCUGCUGAACGUGGGCCCCACCCCAGACGGGAUGCUGCCCCCCCUGUUUGAGGAGAGGCUGAGGGGCAUGGGGGCCUGGCUGGGGGUCAACGGGGACGCCAUCUACGGCUCCCAACCCUGGAGGGUGCAGAUGGAGAACACCUCCCUGCCAAUCUGGUACACUGCCAAGAACACGACUGUGUAUGCAAUACUACUGGCACGGCCAUCUGAGUACCUCCUAACCCUCCACACCCCCAUUACCACACCUGCUACCCAGGUGUUCCUGCUGGGUAAGUUCCCGUUACUUCUCAAGUGGGCCCCGUUGACUCCAACAGCAGGGAUGAUCCUUCUGCUGCCUGACCUUUCAGCGAGCCCUGGGCAGGCCUGGACCCUCAAGCUGCUGGGCGUUAAGUGAGCCCUGGGCAGGGCUGAAGCUGCUUUUGCAACUCAAAGGGACAGACUUUAUGUGUAGCCAUUAGUGCUGCAGUAUUGGUGAACCCUCCUGUUCCUUUAGAUGUGAGUCAGUUUACCCGUUCACCCUACUUGCCUCGGGGCAAAUGUACCUGUACUUACUGUAAAUAAUUUUGGAUAAGAGCGUCUGCUAAAUGACUAAAUGUAAAAUGUGUCUGGAUCGAUUUUAAUAAGAUUAAGGUAAAAACUACUUUCUCAAGCAAGUAAAAUGUAAUGGAACGCCUUUAAA